AUGGAUCAUACUGACAAUGAGUUACAAGGCACUAAUAGUUCUGGAUCGUUGGGUGGUCUUGAUGUUCGCAGACGAAUUCCUAUAAAACUUAUCUCCAAGCAAGCAAACAAAGCCAAACCUGCACCUCGAACUCAAAGGACUGUAAACAGGAUGCCCGCAAAGGCACCAACUGGUGAGGAAGAAGGAUUUAAUUAUAAUGAAGAAGAACGAUAUGACUGUAAAGGGGGUGAACUGUUUGGAAAUCAGCGAAGGUUUCCUGGACAUCUAUUUUGGGACUUUAAGAUAAACAUCUUAGGUGAAAAGGAUGAUACACCAGUUCAUUUCUGUGACAAAUGUGGACUGCCUAUUAAAAUCUAUGGGUGAAUGAUUCCAUGCAAACAUGUUUUUUGUUAUGAUUGUGCUAUUUUACAUGAAAAAAAAGGAGAUAAGAUGUGUCCAGGUUGUAGUGAUCCUGUGCAGCGAAUUGAACAGUGUACACGAGGUUCUCUCUUCAUGUGUAGCAUUGUUCAAGGGUGCAAGAGAACGUAUUUGUCUCAGAGAGACUUGCAGGCUCAUAUCAACCAUCGCCACAUGCGAGCUGGAAAACCCGUUACCCGUGCUUCGCUUGAAAAUGUUCAUCCUCCUAUCGCCCCCCCACCAGCUGAAAUCCCCGAGCGCUUUAUAAUGCCACCAGACAAGCACCAUAUGAGCCAUGUUCCGCCAAAGCAGCACAUCAUGAUGCCACCACCUCCUUUGCAGCAUGUGCCACAUGAGCACUAUAAUCAGCCACAUGAGGAUAUCCGUGCUCCGCCAGCAGAAUUGUCCAUGGCUCCACCACCUCCUCGGUCGGUCAGUCAGGAAACCUUUCGUAUUUCAACAAGAAAACACAGCAAUAUAAUAACUGUCCCUAUUCAGGAUGACUCAAAUUCAGGUGCUAGAGAACCACCACCUCCUGCCCCAGCACCUGCUCACCACCACCCUGAAUAUCAGGGUCAACCAGUGGUUUCGCACCCUCAUCAUAUUAUGCCUCCACAGCAACAUUAUGCACCACCCCCACCUCCUCCACCUCCAAUAAGCCAUCCAAUGCCACAUCCUCCCCAGGCUGCAGGUACUCCUCAUUUGGUAUAUAGCCAAGCUCCACCUCCACCAAUGACCUCUGCUCCACCACCAAUAACCCCUCCCCCUGGACAUAUUAUUGCCCAGAUGCCACCUUAUAUGAAUCAUCCUCCUCCAGGACCUCCCCCACCUCAACAUGGUGGUCCACCUGUAACUGCACCCCCUCCUCACCAUUACAAUCCUAACUCUUUACCCCAGUUUACUGAAGAUCAAGGAACUCUCAGCCCUCCAUUUACACAACCAGGGAGAAUGAGUCCUGGUAUAUGGCCUGCACCAAGAGGGCCACCACCUCCUCCAAGAAUGCAGGGUCCGCCUUCUCAAACCCCACUUCCGGGACCACAUCAUCCAGAUCAGACAAGAUAUAGACCGUAUUACCAAUAAUACUAGUGUUUUGAACUGAAGAUACA